AUGCAGUCACUAAUUUCAGAGACUAUGCGGUGGUUGAUUCUCUUCCUCCUAGCUGUUGGCUGUCGUGCCGAGGAAUGGGAUGCCUACAACUUCCCGAAUCCAACCGCUGGAGAGUUCAGAGAAUGCAAAAUGAAGACCACCGCAAACAUUUGUGACCCGGACGGCGUGCUGUCUGAACAGGCUCGAUAUCGGCUCGAUCAUGAUUUGAAACAGCUAGAGAGCAGAACUAGACAGGACCACGCUAGAACAUUCUGUGACAAGAAAGGUGUGACAGCCGCCAUGGCGGUGGCCCGACAUGUGAAAGGUGGUUCAACGGAGGUAUCCACAGACGACAUGAAGUUUUGGGUAGCACGUGACGACAGGGUGCCUGUCUAUGCUGAUGAAUUCACAGAGAUUUUUAACCAGCAGAAAUCGCUUUUCCAACAAAACCAGUAUCAACAAGCCCUCACGAACAUUAUGCAGAAAACUUGGUGA